AUGCAGACGAAGAGGGAGUCCAAAUAUUUGCGGCUAGCCGCCAGAGAACCCCCUCGACUUAACAACGACAAUUUGUUGUGUUGGCAUAUCUACCUCAUUGUACGCCUUUCUCCUCCUUUCCAGUUCCCCCCGGGGUGGGCAGAUUGGAGAGGAUUCUUGAAUCAGAAUAUCUCCCCCCCCCCACCAGUGUCUUCUCUUUGCCCGACCCCCUCCCCGGAAAUAUUUCUAGAAAUUCAUCUUUCCUUUAACGAAGCGAAGCAAAACGCUCAAAGUAAACAACAACUACUACUAACAUGGGCUCUCAAAACAUCUCUCUAUCACCUCCUUGUCCUCUCAUGUGCUGGUUUAAAUUUCUUAACUGGGGGUUGGGGGCUGGGAGAAGACCCCACUGGGACCCCCCUCAGCAAAACAGAUUAUUGUGCCCCUAAAGGAGACCCCACUUUGAUCCAGUCCUGUUUUGUUUCAGCCGGCACCAUUAAGCGGACGGUUGCUUUUUGGAACAAACAAAAGGCUUAUCCCUCUCUUUCUCUCUCUUUAUAUUUUUAA